AUGAAUCGCUGUGCAUCUCCUGUAUUUGAGAGCAAUAGCUCUGCUGAUGCUGAUCCGGAACUUACGCAUUCCAAUGGAUACGAAACUCAGCUGUCAUCAUUAUUCGGAAGCCGUUCCCCAUCGACUGUCAGUGACGAUGACAUUGGCGAUGUCAACGACAUCGCCAUCGACAACAGCCUGGACUUCGGCACGGAAAUACCCUUGGGCUUUGAUCCACUCGAGGGAUUUCAACUGACUGCGGAUGAGCUUGCAGGCAUUGAUGGUCUUUUCAGUCAAACUUCAAGUUCCCCCAACACUGUUACCAAGCUGCCCGCCACCUCCAACAAGAGAACUUUCGGUCUAACAUUUGAGGGAGAUGGCAUGCACCUUCAAGAAGCCCGUCAAACACCCAAGAGGCAAAACCUUUCUACUCAAUCGCAUGAGCCAUCAAUUGUUGUCCGAGCUCCUCUCGUCAUGCCCACAGUGUCGGGCAUUGCCCCAACCCCUGUGACCAUGAAGCCCCCUCGUCCCAUUUCCUCCCAUGUUGUGCCUGCGGUCUCAUCUCCGACCCCGGCUAGUAUUGCUUCCAAGGACAAGUUUGAAAUUGGCUCAUCUCAGAUGGCGGCGCUUUCAACUAAUGAGGUAACUUCACGUUGCCCUCCCAAGGCCGAUCAUCUUUCACCAUAUCAGCGAGUUGGAUACAACCCUUCGACCCCAGCAAUGCAUCCGAAAGUGGUACAACUCAGCAACGAAAUGAUGAACCAGCGCAUUGCUCUGCACAAACAACGAGCGGCUACUGUCACAGCCGAACGCAACAAGCUCCAGAAGGGUUUGCUCCAGUAUACCCAGAUUGACCCCGUUACCGGUUUGCUGGGUAUUGACAAAAUGAAAUCCGAGAUUGCCACCAUGCGUCGCCUCCUGACACUUGCAAAGAACAAAGAGGCCUCUGAGAUUGAAAUCUGGAGAACCAGAUAUGCAGUACUUGCCGAACAAUACAGCAAACUUGCUCAGAAACAUGAUGAUAUGCGCCGCCAGUAUGAACAGUCUGCUCCAUUCCAUACGACACCUACCUACCCACCCGCUCUUCGCCAGCAAGCAGCAAACACCGCCCUGCCUGUUCUCCAACAAGCACCUCCCAAUCCACCCACUUCCCGAAACGCAAACACAUCGACAAACCCACCACCUGCUGCCCACUGUCCCCCAGCAUUUCCCCAGGAUGCCCAUCAAGUGAUUGAUCUGACUACCGACAUCCACACAGAACCCGUGAGUGCCCAAGGAACCCGCUCACCAGAAAACAAUUUCCAAGGAAACAACUCUUUGCCCAAGGAUAACUCGCUAAUCGAAUUUCACCGUCAAUUCAGGAACAAGAAAAUGGACUGGCUUCACAACUCCGAGACCACCAGUGAUGCCAAGUCACGCGUUUUCGAGGAGAUGAACCCACCUGUCAAAGGCCGCCUCGGUAAGGUCUCUUUUGCCGAGUGUUCCCAGAUCGUCGAAGCCAAAAAUGUAGUUCGACUCGCCCUUGGAGGGCAAUUCAAGAAGGCCGUGACGGCUGCUGACGCCUACGAGGAGGCCUACGAGCCUACAGAUGAAGAACUUGCCAACAUGAUGGACGAAGAGCUGAGCAAAUUCUAA